ACCGCCGCCUCGGCCGCCUGCCUGGGCUGGUGGGGGGAGGGGGUCUCGCGCUUUCUCCGUUGGCUAGUCGCCGGGUUCACCUCAGGCUCGCGGCCCCCCCCCCCAGCCCUCCCCGGGGCAGCGAGGUUGGGGGGACCAGGGUUGGAGGGGGCUGUGGAUCGCCGGCUUUCUUAGUCUUUAAGUGGCGCUCGGGGCGGCCAUGUCGGCCGGCGAGGUCGAGCGCCUAGUGUCGGAACUGAGCGGCGGGACCGGAGGGGAUGAGGAGGAAGAGUGGCUCUAUGGCGGCCCAUGGGACGUGCAUGUGCACAGUGAUUUGGCAAAGGACCUAGAUGAAAAUGAAGUUGAAAGGCCAGAAGAAGAAAAUGCCAGUGCUAAUCCUCCAUCUGGAAUUGAAGAAGAAGCUGCUGAAAAUGGUGUACCUAAACCGAAAGUGACUGAAACUGAAGAUGAUAGUGACAGUGACAGUGAUGAUGAUGAGGAUGAUGUUCAUGUCACUAUCGGAGACAUUAAAACGGGAGCACCACAAUAUGGGAGUUAUGGAACAGCACCAGUGAAUCUUAAUAUCAAGACAGGAGGAAGAGUUUAUGGAACUACAGGAACAAAAGUCAAAGGGGUAGACCUUGAUGCACCUGGAAGUAUUAAUGGAGUUCCGCUCUUGGAGGUAGAUUUGGAUUCUUUUGAAGAUAAACCAUGGCGUAAACCUGGCGCUGACCUUUCUGAUUAUUUUAAUUAUGGGUUUAACGAAGAUACCUGGAAAGCUUACUGUGAAAAACAAAAAAGGAUACGAAUGGGGCUUGAAGUUAUACCAGUUACCUCAACAACAAAUAAAAUUACGGCCGAAGACUGUACUAUGGAAGUUACACCAGGUGCAGAGAUCCAAGAUGGCAGAUUCAAUCUUUUUAAGCAGGGAAGAACUGGAAAUUCUGAGAAGGAGACAGCACUUCCAUCUACAAAAGCUGAGUUUACUUCUCCUCCUUCUUUGUUCAAGACUGGGCUCCCACCUAGCAGAAACAGCAGCUCUUCUCAGUCUCAGACAAGUACUGCCUCCAGAAAAGCCAGUUCAAGCGUUGGGAAGUGGCAGGACCGAUAUGGGAGGGCCGAAUCACCUGAUCUAAGGCGAUUACCUGGGGCAAUUGAUGUUAUUGGUCAGACUAUAACUAUCAGCAGAGUAGAAGGAAGGCGACGAGCAAAUGAAAACAGCAACAUACAGGUUCUAUCUGAAAGAUCAGCCACUGAAGUUGACAACAAUUUUAGCAAACCGCCUCCUUUUUUCCCACCGGGAGCUCCUCCCACCCACCUGCCACCUCCGCCAUUUCUUCCACCACCUCCAACUGUCAGCACUGCUCCUCCUCUGAUUCCCCCACCAGGUAUUCCAAUAACUGUACCACCUCCAGGUUUUCCUCCUCCACCAGGUGCACCACCUCCAUCUCUUAUACCAACAAUAGAAAGUGGACAUUCCUCUGGUUAUGAUAGCCGGUCAGCGCGUGCUUUUCCAUAUGGCAAUGUGCCAGGGAUCGAACCAAGGGCAUCACACAUGCAAGUCUUGUGGACACCAGCAAGCAAUGGGACUAUUAUGCAAGGAGAGAGAAGGACCGAGAUAGAGACAGAGACAGAGACAGAGAGCGAGAUCGGGACCGGGACCGUGAACGAGAACGCACACGCGAGAGAGAGCGGGAGCGGGAUCAUAGCCCAACACCAAGUGUUUUCAACAGUGAUGAAGAACGCUAUAGAUAUAGGGAGUAUGCGGAAAGAGGCUAUGAGCGUCACAGAGCAAGUCGAGAGAAAGAAGAACGACAUAGAGAAAGACGACACAGAGAGAAAGAGGAAACGAGACACAAGUCAUCUCGAAGUAAUAGUCGACGACGUCAUGAAAGUGAAGAAGGAGACAGUCACAGGAGACACAAGCACAAAAAAUCGAAAAGAAGUAAAGAAGGAAAAGAAGCUGGCAGUGAGCCUGCCCCUGAGCAGGAGAGCACCGAAGCUGCACCGGCUGAGUAGCCUGGGCAUGGGUGGCCUUUUUGUGUAUAUCAGUGCCAGAAAUGGAUGCUGUCAAUCUUGUUAUUUUUUCUGGAUAAUGUUUAAGAAAUUGACCUUUAAUCUUGUUCUGUUAGUAUGCAAAGUUAGCCUCCCCUCCCUAACCCUCCCCCCAAAAAAUAAUAAAAGAGUGAAUUUUUCAUGUUAAGUUAAAACAUUUUGUCUUGUAAUAUUUAAAAAAUAAAGCUAGCAAUGACUU